ACAUUUGCAUAACCCGCUGAGUGGCCAACGCGUGCGCACCACCGAUCCGAAAAGAGAGAGAGUUGUGGAUAAACCGCCGUCAGGAUGAAGAGCACCGCCGCCUGUCUGAUAGUCGCCCUUGCGGCGCUCUCCGCCGCCCACUCCGCCCCCACCGAAGGUCAGUCGGCACCCCAGAGCGCCACCCAACUGGCCCUCGAUAUGUACCACGGCUGCCUGAAGGACCUGAGCGUCUCCUGCGUCCGCCCCAAGGCCCUCCAGUGGUUCAACUCUGCCCUCCGCCAGCCGGAGGUGCGCAUCACCGAGCGCCUGUCCAUUGUUCGCACCGCGGAGAAGAUGGAAUCCCGCUCGAUGAACCCGGAGGAACGCCUCUUGGACGACAUCGACGCCUAUCUGGCCAGCCACUCGCUGAGGAUCCAGGCUCCCGAGUACUUCCGCUCCUCGGAGGCCCGCUCCCUGGUGCCCGACUUCCUCAUGGCGAACCCACUCACCCAGGGUGGAGUGAUUCCUCUGGCAGCUGCCAAUGAAGGACGAGGCAUGAUCCGCAAGGCGAUUCUGCCCUUCCUGCUGGGCCUGAAACUGAAGACCACUGUGCUGGUGCCACUGGCUUUGGGCCUGAUUGCCCUGAAGACCUGGAAGGCCAUGACCUUGGGUCUGCUCUCGUUGGUGCUGUCUGGAGCCUUGGUUAUCUUCAAGAUUGCCAAGCCCAAGAUCGUCAACUACGAGGUGGUGCACUACCCCCACCACGUGGACCAUGUGGUACCGCACCACAUUGAGCACGUUGUGCCCCACCACAUCGAGCAUGUGGUGCCGCACCACAUCGAGCACAUUGUGCCGCAUCACAUCGACCACCACCUGGAGCACCACAUCGACCACCACGUGGACCUGCCGGUGGAGCACAUCGAGCACCUGGAGCACCCCUCGCCCGCCUGGGAUCCCCAUGCCUGGGCCCGAUCCUCGCAGGAGCCGCAGGAUGCCCAGGACUUGGCCUACGCGGGUCAGAAGUGAGCCGUGGACCACAAACCAAAACCCUUCUUACGAAAUUUGGCCAAACUGCAACCUUAUUUAUUUCGCUCUAAGCUAAGUAGUUGAAACGCACGGCUCUCUCGGCGUAUUGUUUAUUUAUUUAUUUAUUGAAAAGUGUACAAAGCAAAGAACCAUAAAGAAAAAUAAAACCCCAAGGCGUUUUAAAGGUACUGAGUGGGAAUUAGCUCUGCUGUCCUUUUGCGUAAAUGUUACUUGAAUAAAAGCAUGCAAACCAAAUGUGCCUAA